AUGAAUGCAGGAAAAGGAGAAACUUUUAAAGGAAAAAAAUUAGAAGAAAUUGAGAUAACUGAAAAUGACGUUUUCGGUGAUUUAAAAGAUCCAAAUAUCGAAGCAGAUAUCGAAGUAGAUAUCGAAACAGAUAUUGAUUCAAAUACUCGUAUUGAAGCAGAUAUUGAAGCGAAUCUUGAAACAAAUAUUGAAGUGGAUAUGGAAGCAAAUAAUACAAUAAAAGAAAACUGUAUUCAGGAACCGAUCCCUUCUACAAGCUCACUUGAAGUGUCAGAACUUAUUCGCAGCCAACCAAGAAGAAUUCAGUGGACCAAGGCACAAAAAGCUACUGUUUUACAGUAUUUCAAAAAUCACAUUAAAAAAAGAAAACUUCCUAAAAAAGACGAAUGUUUUAAAUUCAUUGAAAAAUAUUUCGAUCGUUUCCAUAAUAUUAAUUGGUCUAGAAUAAAAACAUUAGUUUACAAUACUUAUAGAGUAAUGCCGUAA